GAGGUUUGUUUUCUCCCUCUUGAACAUGCAGAUCCUCAAACGAUCUCAAAGGUCUUUGAGAGCAAACGCCUGGGAAGCAUGGCAGUGCUGUUGGGUGAGCAGCAAAUCCUGUUGGGCGCCACCACAUUUCGCACGAAAUUCCCAGAGCCUCGCUAUGACAUGGAUUCCGUGCUGCAAGGUGGCAUUGAUGCCUGCAUGUCUGGCGCGGCGGGUUACAUCCUCACCUUGGGUGUGGUUGAAGGCGCCCGAGGAAGAGGGCUAGCACAAGCGCUACUGAGAAAGACGAUUGAGGCCAUUCAGGCGCAGUUGCCCCAGCUGAAAGCGAUUUGGGUCCAUGUGAUUUCCUACAAUCAUCCAGCCAUUUCCCUAUAUGAACGCAUGGGCCUUCAACUGGUGAGGCGUUUUCCCCGAUUCUACAACUUUCAUGAUCAAGUCUGGGAUUCUUUUCUUUAUGUGCUCUAUGAGAAGGGGGGCCGGCCCCCUGAGAACCUGGCCUUGGAACUUCUCAAGGAAGAGGUCUUUGCCAUGAUCACAAGCUUGAAUAGUCCACAGGCUCUAAGGCAGCGCUGCAAAGUUUGGUUCUGCUGGUGCCGAAAACGGAAGCUCAGCAAAGCUUGAGAGGAGUCGCCGACCACCUGAGUGAUGUGGUGAGUCCAAAAGACGACGUAGCGGGUGAUUGUGCCUGGAGAAAGAGUCGUACGAGGUCA